GCGGUUGCACCACGGCGGGUCCCGCCUCUGCCCGCUGCCGUGGCCGCGCCGCCGGCCGGCGCUUGCCCCCACGAGGAGCGGCGGCGCCGCCGCCAUGAAGUGUCACUACGAGGUGCUGGGGGUGAAGCGCGACGCCAGCGAGGAGGAGCUGAAGCGGGCGUACCGCCGCCUGGCGCUGCGCUGGCACCCGGAUAAAAACCUAGAGAACACGGAGGAAGCAGCAGCGCAGUUCAGAUUAAUCCAGGCAGCGUAUGACGUUCUCAGUGACCCCCAGGAAAGAGCCUGGUACGAUAACCACAGGGAGGCUCUGCUGAAAGGCGUUGAUGGAGACUACCAAGAUGAUACAUUGGAUCUGCUGCGCUACUUCACCGUCAGCUGUUACUCUGGAUAUGGAGAUGAUGAAAAGGGAUUCUUUACAGUCUAUCGACAAGUUUUUGAAAAGAUUGCAAAAGAAGAGGUGGAAUAUAUGACCCAGGAAGAUAUUGAAGAGUUCCCCAUGUUUGGAUAUUCCCAUAGUGACUAUGAUACGGUAGUCCAUCCUUUCUAUGCAUAUUGGCAGAGCUUCUGUACUCAGAAAAACUUUGCUUGGAAAGAAGAAUAUGACACACGACAAGCCUCAAACCGCUGGGAGAAAAGAGCUAUGGAAAAAGAGAACAAGAAAACGAGAGAAAAAGCAAGGAAAGAGAGGAAUGAGCUGGUCCGCCAGCUAGUCGCCUUCAUUCGUAAAAGAGACAGAAGAGUGCAGGCUCACAGGAAACUUGUAGAAGAACAAAAUGCAGAAAAAACUAGGAAAGCAGAGGAGUUUCGCAGGCAGCAGAAGCUUAAACAAGCCAAGCUUGCUGAGCAGUAUAAAGAGCAAAGCUGGAUGACUAUGUCAGAUCUGGAGAGAGAGUUGCAAGAGAUGGAGGCACAGUAUGAAAAAGAAUUUGGAGAUGGAUCGGAUGAUGAAGAUGAAGUAGACAAACAGGAAACGAAAGGCAUCGAAGACAAACUGAAUGAUGAGACUGAAGAAGCUGAGUUUAUUGAUGGUCUGUACUGCCCUGCUUGUGACAAAUUGUUAAAAACUGAGAAAGCCAUGAAAAAUCAUGAAAAAUCAAAGAAGCAUCGAGAGAUGGUUGCGCUGUUACGACAGCAGCUGGAAGAAGACGAAAGGAAAUUUCCCAUGUCUUUGGAUGAUACAGAUGGAAUGUAUUCCAAAGAGGAGGAAGAAACAGAAGAGAUGCCCAAGCAGAAACUCUCAAAGAAGCAGAGGAAGAAACAGAAAACAAUGAUGACUUAUGAGGACUCCCUUGAUAAAAGUGCUGAUGAAGAAACAGUAGAACAAAAGGAAUUUCCCGGUGUGGACAAGGAUAGUGGCUCAGCAGAAGAGUUGGUAAACGAUGGCCAAAGUUUUGCUGUGUCAGAGGACGCAAGUGCUACAGAAGAUGUUGGCCAAGUAAAUGAAGCAAAAAACGAAGUGAAAAGCAGUACUAAGCCUAAAGGGAAAAAAGCCAAGGAUGCAAAGAAGUCUGCCAAGGCAUCUUCAGAGCACCCUGCAACGAAUGAAGUUCCUAUCCACUGUGUAACCUGCAACUGUGCAUUUCCAUCUCGAAAUAAACUGUUUGAACACCUGAAAGCCACAGGACAUGCAAAAGCAACACAAGCACCAGCUGUAGAUGGAGCUGUAAACGCCAAAACUAAAAAAGAGAAACGUAAAAACAGAUAGAACUUUGUGAGAGCCUUCUGAAUCAUACGUGGAACACUCUCCCCAAACUGAAAGGUGCACAUUGCCUGUGUUCUGAAUUAAACAGAGGAGGCAAGUUGU